UUUGUCAGUCGUUUGAGUCACGCGGUCGUCGAAACGCGAACGCCGCCGUCAGUAGACCCAGACAUCAGCUAAAAAAAAACAAUUGAAUUGACGCGGUCAUUACACAACUUGCUGCUUAAUUACAAUAAAAUUUUUUCUAAUUAUUAUUCUUAUUUGUAAGACAGGAACAUUUGAAAAUGGCGCUCUUGGUUAAACAAUUAACGAGACAAUUUAAAAAUAUUUCUUGUGUCAAGACAAUUAAAUAUUUUACGAGAGAUAAUUGUCAGCUGAUAAAAUCUAUUGCGCAUGCGAGAACUAUUGCAACGACAUCUACUUUAGCCGAAAGAUGGUAUACAGACAAACACGAAUGGAUUGAAUUGAAUAAUAAUAUUGGUACUGUUGGUAUAUCUAAUUACGCUCAAGAUGCACUUGGUGAUGUUGUUUACGCACAAUUACCUGACGUUGGAUCUUCUAUUAAAAAAGAUGAAGAAGUCGGUGCCCUGGAAUCUGUAAAAGCGGCGUCAGAAAUAAUAAGUCCGAUAACCGGAAAAGUUAUUGAAAAAAAUACAGCAGUCGAAAAUAAACCAGGACUAAUAAAUACGUCACCUUACAAAGACGGCUGGCUGUUCAAAGUCCAAGUCGAUGACGUAGAUGAGAUUAAAUCGCUGAUGGACGAAAAAUCGUACGAAGAAUUUUUGAAAUCAGAUCCCCACUAAUUUACCGCUCAUUUCACUAGGAUUUUAAAUGCCAUUGGAUUAAUAAUUAUUUAUCUAACACUUACUUUUUUUUUUUUUAUGUUAAUAAAGAUAUAUUUACAGUCAA